AUGGUACCGAAAAAAAGAAAGGUGGAAGUAGAAAAUAGACUGUUUUUGCCUGAAUGGACCGAUUUGUAUUGUUUCACGUUGCCGAAUCGUGCUGGAGCAGUACCGAAGUGUUUGAUUUGUCAACAAACAGUUGCGUUAAUUAAAAGUUCGAAUAUAAAACGACACCAUGAGACUAAACACAGAUCAUUUGCCGACAAUUUUCCACUCGGCAGUAACCUGCGCAAAUCUAAAAUUGCAAGUCUACUGUCAAGCUACGUAUCUUCGACUCAAAUCAUGAGUCGUUCAAUGACUGAGCAGGAUAAAUGUGGUGAGGCUUCUUUACGUAUUUCUUGGACUCUUGCAAAGCAUAUGAAAGCAUUCACCGAUGCUGAUAUAGUUAAGGAAUGCAUGCUCGAGGCAGGGAAUGUUUUAUUUGACAACAGAAAAGAUGUUGUUGAAACUAUUCGACGGAUUCCGUUAUCUGCGAGUACUAACUCAAAAAAUACUCACGUUUUGGCAGAAGAAAAUCAUAGUGAAGUGAAAGAGCAGAUAAAAAAUUCCGACUAUUAUGCCUUGGCUAUGGAUGAAUCCUGUGAUAUUACUGAUAACGCGCAACUGGUUACCUUUGUACGCUUCUUGGACAAAAUUAGUGAAACUUUUGUUGAGGAGCUAUUGGUUGUUUUGCCGUUAAUAGGAAGAACCCGAAGAGAAGACAUGAUCGAAACGAUGAUGGAUUAUUUCAUUAAAAAUGAGACUUAA